AUGGACGCUACGCUCAGAUUGGAGCCCCAAGCGUCCGACGUGUACUCGCGGUUCAAGCACUUUGUCAAGGAGGACCUGAACGCGCUGCUCAUCGCCGGGGGCAUCGCCGGGGUGGCCCUGCGUACGGUCGUGUCGCCGUUUGAGCGGGCUAAGAUUCUUCUCCAGCUCCAGGGCCCUGGCGCCGGCAACCAGGCGUACCAAGGGAUGUUUGCCACCAUCCUAAAGAUGUACCGAGACGAAGGGUGGAGAGGUUGGUUCCGCGGGAACACCCUCAACUGUGUGCGGAUCUUCCCUUACUCGGCGGUGCAAUUUGCCUGUUUUGAAAAGUGUAAGCAUUGGCUUAUUGCCAACCGGUCGCUUACUGGACUUAAGGGUCCUGCCGACCAAUUGAAUGUGGUGGAAAGACUUGCGCUGGGGCUGAUUGCCGGCGUGGUAUCGGUGGCAGUCACCUACCCCUUGGACCUUGUGCGAGCGAGAAUUACCGUACAAACGGCUAAUCUCGCCAAGCUCCACAAAGGUAAAUUGGCGAAGCCGCCCCUGGUAUGGGGUACGCUUAAAGAGGUGUAUAACCACGAAGGCGGUAUCAGAGGAUUAUACCGAGGCAUCGUCCCCACUACUUUAGGGGUGGCGCCCUACGUGGCCAUCAACUUUGCCAUCUAUGAACGGCUCCGUGAGUAUAUGGACACGCUGCCGCGCGACUACCUGAACCCGGUGUGGAAGCUUAGUGCCGGGGCGUUUGCCUCGUUUGUCGGCGGGGUGUUGAUUUACCCGUUGGAUGUGUUGCGGAAGCGGUACCAAGUAGCGCUGAUGGCUGGCGGUGAGCUUGGCUUCCAGUACCGCAGUGUUGGCCAUGCCCUCUACCUGAUGUUCACUCAGGAAGGAUUUUUUGGAGCCUACAAGGGGUUGACGGCGAAUUUGUACAAGAUCGUGCCGCUGAUGGCGGUGCUGUGGCUCGUGUACGACCUGACCAAGGAUGCGUUGGCGCGGUGGUGA